CGGUCCGCCGAGAAGUUCAAGACCUCGUGACAAGUACGGUGCAUUGGUGCAUGAGCGAGACUGUCAGAGGCUGUGUACAGUUAAUAUGCGCAGUAUCCUGCGCCUCGGGGCCGUUUCCGCGAUUGAAAUCAUUGGAUGGGGUUGUCAGGCCCAGCCAUUGUGGAUGGCCUAUUGCGGAUUCAGGGUCCUGUCAGUCUGGAAAGUCACGCGGAGCCCAGCUGUGGAGAGGAUGAGGGGCUGGCGUAACUGUAACAAUUCUGGAUUCAGUGCUGAUCUUGCGCACAAAGGGUCUGCACAGGGCUUCGGGCCACCGUCGCAGCGGGUUGUGAGAGCUGGGCACCUGACUACGUGUACGAAGUACCGUUAGCCACACAAACGACUGGACCGGCGAAUCUCGGGACGACUGGGACUCGUAGCCUUCUUCACCAAGACCUCUUCGUAUUCACCGAUGAGGCGGAAACUUGGUAACACCGAAGCCUGGCUUGCGGCAGCCUCG